CAGAUGAGUCCUCAUCAGCUGUAUGUGAUAAAAAUAUUAUGUUAAAUAUAAGUGCAGUGGAGCUGGCUGAGCACUUCCCCUGUCGCGCUCGGGAUUCGCGUCAUCAACAUGCGACCGGGGUUUUGGCGGUGCGAAAAUAUUAAUGAUGAGAAUUUGCUAUCUGUAUUUUUAUUAUCGUGUGUUUCAUUUGAAUACGCUAUCUAACUAACAGCACCGGCAAAAUGAUCCAUGAGCUGCUGCUGGCUCUGAGUGGAUAUCCAGGGACAAUAUUCACCUGGAAUAAACGGAAUGGAUUGCAGGUGUCCCAGGACCUUCCGUUCCUCCACCCCAGUGAGACCAGUGUCCUCAAUCGGCUCUGUAAAAUGGGCACUGACUAUGUGCGCUUCACAGAAUUCACAGAGCAGCACACGGGUCAUGUCCACCAACAGGAGCAUUACUCCAGCCAGCCGAGUCAGUCUGGGCUUCAUGGCAUUUACCUGCGGGCGUUCUGCACUGGGCUCAACUCCAUGCUGCAGCCCUAUCGGCACGCUUUACUGGACCUCGAAAAAGAGUUUUUAGGUGAUCCACACCUCUCCAUUUCUCACGUAAACUACAUGCUGGAACAGUUUCAGCUUCUCUUCCCCUCUGUGAUGGUUGUUGUGGAGACCAUCAAGUCUCAGAAGAUUCAUGGCUGCCAGAUCCUAGAGACUGUGUACAAGCACAGCUGUGGAGGACUGCCUCCUGUCAGGAUGGCCUUAGAGAAGAUUCUUGCAGUGUGCCAUGGCGUGAUGUAUAAGCAGCUGGCUGCGUGGAUGCUGCACGGGUUGCUGCUGGAUCAGAGUGAGGAGUUCUUUGUCAAGCAGGGCCCCAGCGCAGGCGGAGCCACAGCUGCACAGGAGGAAGAGGAGGAGGACCUGGGUAUCGGAGGGCUGAGUGGAAAACAGCUCCGUGAGCUGCAGGAUUUGAGACUGAUCGAGGAAGAGAACAUGCUCGCACCAUCCCUGCAGCAGUUCUCCUUGCGUGUGGAGAUGCUUCCCUCAUACAUUCCUGUUCGAGUAGCCGAAAAAAUCUUAUUUGUUGGGGAGUCGGUACAAAUGUUUGAAAAUCACAACCAGAGCCCAUCCCGAGCUGGGUCUAUACUGAAGCACCAGGAGGACAUGUUUGCAGCGGAGCUCCACAGACUCAAACAGCAGCCUCUCUUUAGUCUGGUGGACUUUGAGAAUCUUGUGGAUGGCAUUCGGAGCACAGUUGCUGAGCACUUAUGGACUUUGAUGGUUGAAGAAUCCGAUCUUUUGGGGCAGCUGAAGAUCAUAAAGGACUUCUACUUGUUGGGGCGAGGUGAACUGUACCAGGUCUUCAUUGACCUUGCUCAACAUAUGCUGAAAACCCCACCAUCUGCCGUUACUGAACAUGAUGUCAAUGUGGCAUUUCAGCAAGCGGCUCAUAAAGUGCUGCUAGACGAUGACAAUCUUUUGCCCCUCCUGCAUCUCACCAUAGACUACCAAGGGAAAGAAAGCAAAGAGGCUUCUGGGAAUCGAGAGGGCACCACUCCUCCACAGGAGACUUCUCCUCGUGAGGCUCCGCCUACUGGCUGGGCAGCGCUGGGAUUGGCUUACAAGGUUCAGUGGCCCCUACAUAUUCUUUUCACUCCUGCUGUGUUGGAGAAGUACAACGUAGUGUUCCGUUACCUGCUGAGUGUGCGUCGAGUCCAAUCUGAGCUGCAGCACUGCUGGGCCUUGCAGAUGCAGCGCAAGCAUCUUAAAUCAAACCAGAUGGAUGCCGUUAAAUGGAGACUCCGCAACCACAUGGCCUUCCUAGUGGACAACCUUCAGUAUUACCUUCAGGUGGAUGUUCUGGAGUCCCAGUUUUCACAGCUCUUACAACAGAUCAACUCCACACGAGACUUUGAGAGCAUUCGACUGGCCCAUGACCAUUUCCUCAGCAAUCUCCUUGCACAGUCUUUCAUUCUGCUCAAGCCUGUGUUCCACUGUUUGAAUGAGAUUCUGGACCUCUGUCACAACUUUUGUUCCCUGGUCAGUCAGAAUCUUGGGCCUCUGGAUGAAAGAGGAGCUGCGCAGCUGGAUAUUCUUGUGAAGGGUUUUAGUCGUCAGUCAUUCCUGCUCUUCAAGAUUCUUUCCAGUGUGCGUAACCACCAGAUAAACUCUGAUUUGGCACAACUGCUGUUACGACUAGAUUACAACAAAUACUACACACAGGCAGGAGGCACGCUGGGAAGUUUUGGGCUAUAAAGCGGCACCUGAAGAUUCGAGGCAAAAUUCAUACAUUGGUGCAUCUCAGCUUAU